AGUUGUUGCUGUUGCUCGUGCAGCGGUAUACAUGUACAAAUAUGACUGUUAGAUUUCCCAUUGUAGUUACAGGACCGAUUGAGAUGUGCAAUCGAACGCAGCCUGCCUUGAAAAUAGUUGUUGCUGAGUGAGCCCUACCGCUUUGCCUUCUACCUAAUUACUUGCCCAGAGACCCGUUGCGUAACAGUUGCUGAAUUCAGGAGAAUACUCCUUCAGUAGCUGUCUUUCCUGUACGCUUACUAACUAUUCUGCUGUGAAUGCUCGCGUGUCAAUGCUAUCAUCAGUCAAGCGGUCAAUAUGCUUAGGUCACAGCGCUAGUAUACAUGCGUUCAUUCUAAGUGUGAAUUAAAUUAAAAUACAUUCAUCCUCUAUAUGUAUACAUGUACAUAUGUGAAUCCUGUAUUGAUCCGCACGUAUGGCCGUAUACUCUUCAAUGAAGUGACGAACCAUAGAUACGUCAGCAACAGGCAAUAGUUUGUCUUGUUCUGGUAAUAACUCUGACGUGGACGACGUCUAGCAUGAUGGCAGCGACGAUAUCGCGCCUUCCUGUGUAGAGAACUGAAACAGAACGAAGUUGUGUCGUCGAACAGUUAUGGAGCACAAGCGCUGGCAGAGUUGGUAUCCGCAUUCGAUGCGUGUGUGUCAAUAUAUGCGUACGUGUCGGAGAGCUGUGAUACAAAUCCGCGUACGGAAUACGCGCCUGGGCUGACGGGUGAUUUUUUGCUGGAACGUUGUUACGACUUCCGAUACGACAAACAGGGAGUGGAUUGGUAGCGGUUGCUAUGCAAAAUGACGCUCGAGACGAUAGUAAUUUACCUGUAUGGCGCUCCGUCGAAAGGGUAGCAUGCAGCAAACGUAAUCAUGAUCAUCGUCAUCAUUACCAUUAACAACAGGGUUUUUGCCUAUGCUUAUCCUGUUGCUGACGCGGUCUCAGGCUUAUAUCGCUGAGUGCUAUCAUAAGACACGCACACAUCGGCACAGACGACUGACAAACGUUGCAUCGUGACACAAACAAACGAGGGAACAAGGGAGGAAAGGCGUUUUAGCUAUCAGUGAGAACGUUUCCCAAUAAGCGCUGUUUCUAUAUCGCGCAUACACGCUACCGUUGCCAUUGCUCCCUUCCUUGGCAUAGGGUAAUAGUGGUCACGCUUAUGACCAUGGUGGAAUUGGUGGUUGCCUCUUGCCAAGAAAUAUACAAAAAAGAAAGGGGAAUACCUCUGCAGAGGGAGGAGAGAGAGCGAUGGCGACGACGAACAAAAUCAAAUGAGAGAAGAGAACAUUGCGAUCGUCGUCGUGAGGCUGUAUUUGUUCGUGUGAUAUGUGAUGGUCGACUAGUUAUAACGUCUUUGUUGACGACCAUCCGAUGUAGCUCUGCUAUGACGAAAGUGAAUUUGUUCGAGCGGAUUCGGCCGACCGAGCAGCGCUCAACUGAGCUGGUGGCAUUUAGCGGUGGACUUUUUCGCAAUUUCGUCACAAAAUUGCACUGAAUAAUUUCUAAAAAUUCGCUGAGUGGAAUCGGUGGAGGUUUUUUCAGGUUCCGUAGCUGAAGAAUUGAUGAUUGCUGAAAACAGCCGGCUAUUGCAGGAGCAAUCGCACCGAUUUCGCACCAUCGAAAUGGAUGAUGGUCAGCUCAAUGUCAUCAAUCUAUCAUUUAUGUCGGAAGCGCGGUUUUGAACAGCAACGGUAGAAGGCACGAACGUUGUAACAGCGACCGCUUUCUGGAUGAGAUAGCUAGUGGAGCUACGACGACGACGACGACGACGACGACGACGACAACGACAAACGAACUGGAGAGACGGACGGACCAUUUGACCAACCCGUCAGUAAUACGGCUACUGACUGACUGGUACUUCUGCUUCAGUACCUCCUCGAGGGGUACGCAUACGGUGGUCGGAAAACGGUAGGCGCUGUAUUUCUGGUUAAGUUGGCGGCACUGUUGCGACCCGGACCCGAGUGCAAGCAAAUCAAGCGAGACUCCCUCUUGGAGGGAAGGAGGGAGUUUCAAGAAGUCCAUUAUUACCAAUCCUUACAGUAACACACGUCAACCAAUACAGUUUUACAAUGUCGUCUCCUAUAGCUGGUAAGCGGCGGAUGGACACAGACGUGAUCAAACUAAUUGAGUCCAAACACGAAGUCACCAUCCUAGGUGGACUAAAUGAGUUCUCGGUUAAAUUCUAUGGACCAAAAGGCACCCCUUACGAAGGCGGCAUCUGGAGGGUGCGGGUCGAUCUCCCAGACAAGUAUCCCUUCAAAUCGCCCUCAAUCGGCUUCACCAACAAGAUCUACCAUCCAAACAUCGAUGAGGUGUCUGGAACCGUUUGUCUCGAUGUGAUUAACCAGGCAUGGACGGCAUUGUACGAUCUGUCGAAUAUUUUCGACACGUUCUUACCACAACUGUUGACAUACCCGAACCCGAUUGACCCGCUCAAUGGGGACGCGGCAGCAAUGUACCUUCAUAAACCCGAGGAGUACAAGAAAAAGGUGCUCGAGUACGUCAAGAAGUAUGCUAGUGAAGACUCCCAAAGAAGCCCGUUCGCCUCGGAUGAGCUCGAUGGGGAUGGCGGCAACGACUCCGAUUCGGAAUCAUCGAUGAGCGAAUUCUCAGACGAAGACACCGACGCAUCAUCGUCCGAUCAAAUAACAAAGGAUAUGGAACUCUAACGUGUUGUCGGUGAUGAGACGCGAGCAUUUUUGUUCACUUGCCCGCCGCCAGCUAAGAACGACGAUGUUAACUUCACAAUAUUGCAACGAUGAAUGCAGCGACAACAUUUGUAUAGAUUUACCACUAGCUCAAAGGGAGCACCUCCACAUCAUGAAGAUGCUGAUAGUAAUGGACCGCUGAAUGGAUACGUAGCGAUGAUUAUUGAUACUGUGUCAUGACCAUUGAUAUCAUCACCAACAACAGCAAGAACGGCUAUUAUUACUAAUAUUAUUAUUACUAUAUGAUUACUAUGAAUUAUUGUUACCGUCAACAUCAUCAGAACAAGUCAGUAUGGCGGCGGUACAUACGAACGUAAAUACAAACACACAUAUGCAUACAUUUUAAAAAACAAAAAUCAAAUUUGGCCAAAAACACCCUAAAUGAUUACUAUGACGGUGAUGAUGGUGGACAACUAUAAGGGUAGUUAUUACCAUUAUCAUUAUCGCCACUCGCAUUAAAUAACGAUAUGCAGUCCAUAUUGAUUAUCAUAAGGCAAUGAGGCGAUUCACACGGAAAAAACGUGAAGACAACGGUGAGCUAAUAGUUAAAGAUUCGCGAUGACACCGUCACGAUGACUGCUGACUUAAUGACUGCUAUUAAUAUCAUUAUUAAGACGAUAAUAUGAAAAAUCAAUAUUUACACAGUGUACGCUGGGCGCAUCUGUUAGCCUGCUGCUAAAGUGGAUAUUAUAUAUAUAAAUAUGUGGAUGAUUGAUGUACGGAAGGACAGAUGGGAGAGGAUGAAUGAAUGAAUGAACGGACGGACGUGAUUGAUGAUUGAUCAACAAACGAACGAGGCGAUGAUUGAUUGAUGAUGACGUGUCUGUGCUAUUACGGCUCUACCAGGUGACGAGGCUCAAAAACGAUAACGAGGGUGGCGAUGAGAGAAAACACAAAUAAUUGUUGCAGACUGCGAAUUUGACGGACCCAUCCUCGUUGAUGGUUGACUGAUUGACUGCUUGAUUGAUUUUGGUGGUUAAUUGAUGUGUUGAUGUUAAUUGAUGCGCAAGGAGAGAAAAUACCGUGGAAGAAAGCGGGACAACGUUUUAGCUUCAUUUGAGAUGGUUAAAGGCUAACUGGAAGUGGGGUUUUACGGUGGAUUAAAAGCAGGGGAACCAGGACGAAUUCUAUCGUCAUGUUACUACCACCAGAAAGGUGGGGAAAAUAUUGUGUAGAGGUUUGACGUCAUUAUAUGACGGAUUGAUUGAUCUGUGUAAAUCAAUAAGCAAGGAAAAACAAAAACGAACAUAAAAUCGACUGGGAAAGAAAGCGAACGGAUUACCCAGAACGUACCCGGCUGGCGCUACCAGGAACGUUUGAUGAAGCGGUAAUGUUUCCUUUUUGGGACGAAGAGCUGCACAGGCACAAGAAGAGACAAAAGUAAAGCAGUAAAAUUAAGCGGCGUGACGGAUAUUCUUGCACGAUAGAAAUAGUUCUAGCUCUUCGCCGUCUGGCGAGUUGGCGUUCCAAUGCGGAGGGUUGAUCUCGGCUGAUGCGUCUCGAUUGGACAGUUUUGAGUAACAUCGAUGUAUGAUGAUCAUUGAUCCGCCAGGAUAGCUUAGAAAGCUGAAAAGAUACUGACAGCCCAUGACAAUUCUGUGGCUUAUUAUAGCUAAGCACAACCACCUGAGAUCAUGUCUCCCGCGGGACUGGCGGUCACUAUAGGUGUAAACUCGUCGUUGGUUUUAAUAGCUGAUCAGACAUACACUAUCGGAUUAAUGAGCUUAGAAAGAGCUCUGAGGAAAGCGGAUUCGUUGUUAAAACCUGAGCAUUUCCGAUAGAAACAAGAAUGUUGCUCGAAAAUCUGUUAUUUAGUCGAGAUUAAUAACAUUGACACAAUUGACCGAUGUAUUGAAUCGCGUCGCAUUUUUUGUAGUAAUAGUGAGGUGGCUAAUACAGGUACAAAAAACUGGAUUUGCUUGCUUUUGUUGACAGUUCGGCAUUACCAUUUUCGUUGUGUCUGCUGCUAAACUUGCACGAAAAGGCUAUAUAAUCUAGGACCUAAUGGUGCCUUUGUGCCUACUACAACUUGAGAAAAAUAAAAGAGAAAAAUUGUAAAUUUGUUCAACCUAUUUCACUAAGUAGCCUCUUAUUGGUAUUUUUUUUUCAUUGCUUUUUCCGUCUAAAAGCGUUGCUUGUUUUACUGCUAAAACAGGAUAGAAGGGCUUGUACAUGGGAUGUUUAUGGCGAUAUUUAUUAUUUUCAACACUUGGCUUGGUAGAGCUUACAGAUAGUCAUGGAGCUGUCGUGAAGACCAUGUAUAUAUACAUAUAGUACACACAUUGUCGGGUGAACUUAUCUUGUCCCGCUCACACAAUGGCGGAUGACGGUUUAAUUAAACAUCAGUGCUUAGGCGCGUGCCUGAUGUGUUGAUAAAGGGGGAAAUUUAAGGGAGCUGUUCAUGUCUGGGUGAACUAAUUGAAAAGAUCUUGUCAGCUUGCUGAGGCAUUUGAUUAUUGACGUAUAGUCAGCGGUGACUUUAUCGCGCGCGUAUCACUGACGUUUCUGGUCGGUAAACCAGGGGCAUUUAAAUGAAAAGAGAAAUCUGUGGCCGCCAAUUGCAGACGGAUUUUUUCUACCCCUCGUGAACCGAAGCGGCAAUGGAAAUGGACCGUGGCAUUUUAUCGGGAGGACAACAUCCUACUGUCGACGACAGCGGAGCGCCAGCGCGCUUCUGGAGCGAGGCUGGAGUUCUUUGAAUUGUUUCGUUGCGGUUCGUGUGCAGCUGCUUGAGAUUAGCGCGGCGACCGCCGUGUGAAUGAGUGCGUGUGCCUGUUGUUGCAUCGGUUUUUGCGAAUUUUCGGCUGAACACGCGCCUACUAGCGGACUCACAUAGAUGAACGCUCAUGAGUACGAUGAUGAGCUUGCUUGAGCUGAGAUAAACCGAGAAACCAGAACUUGUUUAAAUAUGUUGGGCAUAAAAACGUUUUCUUUCAUUGGGAUACACCUGCAUACAGAUGACCUGCAUAGCUUAGCCGUGCACAUAGCAGAAAAACACAUAAUAUAUAUUAGGAACUUGAUAAGUGGUAUCAACACACACACUAUAUAUAUAUAUAUA